AGGUGUGCGCGCAACCUUUCACGUAAAAUUACUGUUGUUAUUUUCUGAAAUAAACGUCCUCCGGGUUCAGUCAUCUGAGAGCACCUUAGUAAAAUAAGGCGGGCGCACAUGCCGGAGAUAACGCUCAGCUGGGCGCAGAGGAUAUACCACACAUUUGUUCUCGCUUUUACCAGCAGUAACCAACUCCAUGGAGCGGCGACUUUGUCUUCACGGAGCCCAUAAUCCUGGUUACUAACUCUACAAAUCUCAAUGUAUUUUACAAAUUUAAAAUGCUUCAUCGCGGUGGCAUUUGUUGCCAUCAUGGUGCCUCCACAGCUGCUGGAAUGCACCAAAACAUGUCGGGUGGCAGAUCAAACUGAUUAUGUAGAGGGUGGCUGCCCUGUGAAACUGCUGGGGUCAGUUUCAGAGUCUCUUGAUGACCAGUUUUAUUCUGAAUGUGUCACUGUCAGCGUUUGGAUGAAGCGUGAUGACUUAUCAAAGGACCCGAAGGUUGAAAUUGUCUCCGAAACCACUGAAACAAUUAUACCUACCAUGAAAAAAGGCAAAAAGGGAAAGAAGGCGUACAAUGUAAGAAAACAAUAUGUCAGGUGUGACAUGGGUGGCAUGCAGUCAAAUAACAAUACCAGUGUUAUCCUGCUGCUGCAACAAAGUUGUACCAAGGCUGAAGCAAAUCAAGUUGUUUCUGUGUCGUACAGCACAACUUCAAUGCGCUGCAACACCAGUUACAGAGUACCAGAUCCCAUACCACACUUUAAUCUGUCCGUGAAUGAGUCAUCUAAAUCCAUCGCUGUCACUGUGGAGCCAGGAAAUAAAGUAUACGCCAUGUGGUGUUACCAAAAAAGUCCACAACACUGCAUGAGCAGAGGACAGGCUCCAAGAAUUACUAUUGAUCCAUCUCAGAAUCCAACAGCUCUUCUUAACAUCCCUUACCUGCUGCCCUGUGUCUGCGUGCAGGUAUUUUACACCAAUAUGGAUGCACAUCGACAUAAAAAGUGCCUGUUUCAAAAUCAAAGCAUCCCAGAUGUCACAGAUGUUUGGUCCUCCUCUAAUGUGACACUAUAUGAGUCACAUUUCACAUGGAGAUCAAAGUGUCCAGCCAGCGACUUCAGUGUCUCUGCCUCCCUCUGCUGGAAGCAGCAAGAACACCUAUGCACGCCUGUGCUCAACUCCACACUGAAGGGGGAGGUCAGGGGAGAACUACUGAAAUAUACCACAUCUGCAGUGGACAAACACCCUCAGAUGUGUGUGCAGUUUUCUCUACAAGGCAGCCGUCAUAUCUAUUGUCCCUUCAAAGCUGAUAUGUCUUCAUGGGAGGUGUCACUCAGACCGGGCAUUCAGAGUGUCUUUUUGUAUUUCACCUCUAUUGUAUCAAUAGAGGCGAGAUACAAGUUUUAUAAGUUUUCAGCUCAGCUCUGUGUUCUUGAUAAGAGGGGAUGUACACCCACGGGGGAGGUCCACUCAAUAACAGUGAAUGGAAAUACAACAGAUGCAAGGUUAAAAGUGCCUCUUCAUUCUGUCGCCGAGAAGCCGUGUGUGCAGGUGUGGCAGUCACAUCCGUCACUUCACGGUAGAAGAGUGCUGUGUCCUGACUACACCCACAACCGGUACGGCAUGUGUGCUGUGGCAGUUUUGAUAUUUGUGGUUAUUGCUGCAUUACUGGGAAUUUUCAUCCACCGUCUUACAAAGGGUGGAGCUGCAGGUUGGCUCUGUAUCCAGAAGCCAGUGUUGCUGGUGUGUUCAUCAGAGCAGUCAGCCCACGUCUCUGCUGUGUGUGCAUUAGCCUCAGUCCUGCAGGGGGAGCUAAGUGCCACGGUGAACAUGGCUUUGUGGGCCCUAAGCUCACAAACACAGGCUGGUGCUGGCACUGGAGUGGCAGACCUGGGUCCACUUCCGUGGCUGUACGGGCAGUGGGAAGCUGUGCGUAAGGCGCAAGGAAAAGUGCUGAUUGUUUGGAGUCCUGAAGCCAAGAAGACCUAUGAAAAGUGGAGGGAGGAGAGGGUGAACAUGAAUAAAAAACAGAGAAAAAAGGAAGAUUACAACAUAGACCAAGUGGGGGAUGAGAAAACCGCAGUGAAUGGAAGAAGACUGGGAAAAUGCAAAAAUAAGAAUGCGGCAAGAAAAAAAGAUUGUGAUAAAUUAUGUGUUGAUAAAGACUGGUACCCCCAGAGGGAGCUAUCCACAGUGAUAGCACCAGUGUUCAUGGCUGCUCUGGCCUGCCUAGAGGGAGUGCUGCAGGGGUGCAAAGGUCAAGGAGUGGCCCUUGUCUACUUCCAAGGCCUUUGCCACAGCAGGGACAUUCCAAAGGACUUCAGAGGUGUCCCUCGGUACUGCUUACCGCAGGAUUUCAGGGGUUUAAUACAGGAGCUGGGAGGGAUAAGAAGGACAAAAACUGAUCAAUUCAGCUGGCACUGCUGGCCCAGACUCCUGUCCAAAGUAUUAUCAAUAUGGCUGGCACGGCAGCUAGCCCAAAGACUAAAAACACUGCUGCCUCAGACGCAAGGAAAGAAAAUGCAAGGGCAGAGUGGCACAUCAUCACUGAAAAUGAUGUCAGAUCAGACACAGAGCAGGCUCAAGUUGCCUCUGUCAGCCAACAUGACCAGGAGACCAGGAACGGCACAAGAGCACGAGCCUCUCCGCGGGUCACCAUGGAGAGUGGUGAAACUUUAAUCUCAGGUUUCACGUGUCUGAUGGUGGACAGACUUUCGUCCAGUUGGAAACACGAUAUGCUGCACAUGAGACACAGGAGCUGGUGUUCCAUUGUGAUAACCUCGGUGCCAAUCACUGUAAAAACUGUUCAUUAACUUGACACCAUCGUGGCAAAAAUGCCACCAAGUUUUGCAUAUUAAAACGAAAAAUACUCUGUCCUAUCUCCUGCAUUUAGCCUCUAACAGAGCCUCUCUUUAUGUUACUUUCAUGACUGAACCAUAGUCAACACCUGUGUUAUCUUUGUACAUAGAACCAUUAUGAAAAUCUGGUUGCAAAUUAUACCUCAUUUUUUUCAUGCGUGCAGUGAGUGGUGUGUGCACACAUACAAAUUAUAUGUGAACGUUGUUUACAGGAACUCGGAAAUUUACAUAGGAUUGUAUAAACACAGAUGUGCCAAAGCUGUGACAAGAUUUCCAGGUGAAAAGAGGAAAUUACUUGUCCUGAAGUGCGCUUGACUGUUUGACAGUUAACUUACAUGUUUGUGCGUGCAAGUGUUAUACUCAGUUUACUUAUGUAAACCCAUUUUUAAAUAUUUGCACAUGUACUACCUCCUAAGUAUUUCAAUGUUUUGUACGUUUGUUGUUGACUCAGAUAUUAUUUGUUGCUACAAUGUAUAUUAGCCUGGCAUUAUAACAUUUUGUAUACAAAAUAAAACAAUAUUCUUUUAAUAAAAA